UUAACACUAUCUCCACCAUAUCUCCUUAUCUCCUCUUCCAUUCUUUUUCUCCAAAAGAGAAUUAAAUGGAGCCAAAAAGAUCAUCCCCAGUGUUCCUACCAGCUCAGAGGGACGUCCGUGGCUCACUUGAAGUAUUCAACCCAUCAACCAACGAGACCACCUCACAAUUCCGGUCGCAACCCACCUGGCGGAGCUGGACGGAGUCACCACAGAACCACCCGGAACCAUCACCACCACCGCCGUCAACUGAAGUCAAUGAUAAUGUCACCCUCUCUUCCUCUCGCUCCGGCGGACUGCCAGCUGAUGAGAUCAACAAGUCAUGGAUGGCUCUCAAAGACCCUAAUCCGCAUGAGGCUCCGCCGGUGACGAUGCCGCCGCAGUCCCCACCUUUUGCUAGGAGUUCCGCGGCGGGGGUAGUGGCACUGGCACCACAGUCACCGGGUGGAAUACUGGGUGCGGCUGAACAAAGGGCGGCGGAGUGGGGUUUGGUUCUGCAAACUGACACCGAGACCGGUAAGCCGCAGGGGGUUAAAGUAAGAACCUCCGGCGAGGAUCCGAAUGCUAAACCCGGUUCGAGUAGAAGGGAUUCGGGUAACUCCGUUCAGAGUUCAAGUGAUGUUUCAGAUGAUGGAUUGGGAAAAGAGAAAGGAUUUCCGAGAGUAUCAGAGGACUUGAAGGAUGCAUUAUCGACAUUUCAACAGACGUUUGUGGUUUCUGAUGCUACAAAACCAGACUAUCCAAUUUUAUAUGCAAGUGCAGGUUUCUUCAAGAUGACCGGUUAUACUUCUAAAGAAGUAAUCGGCAGAAAUUGCCGAUUUUUACAGGGUGCAGACACGGACCCAGAAGAUGUGGCUAAAAUCAGGGAAGCGUUGGCGAAAGGUACGACAUAUUGUGGGAGACUCCUAAAUUACAAGAAGGAUGGCUCCCCCUUUUGGAACCUUCUCACUGUUUCUCCCAUCAAAGACGAAUCUGGAAACACCCUCAAAUUCAUUGGAAUGCAAGUGGAGGUGAGCAAGCAUACCGAAGGAACAAAAGAGAAGAUGCUCCGGCCAAACGGGUUGCCGGAAUCUUUGAUCCGAUACGAUGCUCGGCAAAAAGAGAUGGCAAGUAGCUCGGUGACGGAGUUGGUGGAGGCGGUGAAAAGACCAAGAUCACUCAGUGAGUCCACCAACCGCCACCCGUUUUCCAGGAACAGUGGCGACCAAGACACAACCAAUGCGGUGGCGGGUUUUGGGCGGCGAAACUCUGCAGAGACUAUGUUUCCUCCGCCGCCACCACCUCCGGCCAGGCGGAAUUCACAUGCCGGAGUAAGGACCAUCACCACCAUGCAGUCCAUCAACGAGCUCCCUGAAAAGAAGCAGAAGAAAACAAAACGCCUUUCUUUCAUUGGGAUUAAGAAGAAUAACCGAAAAAGUAGCGAAGAAUUUGAUGAUGGUUUCGAAGGAGAUGUAAACAUUCAGGACAUUGACGGUGAGGUUGACGACGAAGAUGAUGAAUUUGCACGAAAUAAGGAUGUUCAAUCGAGGCCCGAAAGCUUGGACGACAAAGUACGAAAGAAAGAGAUGAGAAAGGGUAUUGAUCUUGCAACGACACUUGAACGUAUCGAGAAAAACUUUGUCAUCACCGAUCCACGACUUCCCGAUAAUCCCAUUAUUUUUGCGUCCGAUAGCUUCUUAGAGCUAACGGAGUAUAGCCGUGAAGAGAUCCUGGGAAGAAAUUGCAGGUUUCUUCAAGGGCCAGAAACUGAUCCAUCGACCGUCAAAAAAAUAAGAGAUGCAAUCGAUAACCAAAGAGAGGUUACCGUACAACUCAUCAAUUACACGAAAAGCGGCAAAAAGUUCUGGAAUUUGUUUCAUCUGCAGCCGAUGCGUGAUCAAAAGGGAGAAGUACAAUACUUCAUUGGAGUACAAUUAGAUGGAAGUCAGCAUGUUGAGCCACUUCACAAUUGUAUACCUGAAACUACAGCUAAAGAUGGUGCAGUUCUGGUGAAAGAAACAGCAGAAAACGUCGAUGAAGCAGUACGAGAGCUUCCAGAUGCUAAUAUGAGCCCGGAUGAUUUAUGGGCAAAACAUUCGAAUCCGGUUCACCCGAAGCCACAUAGAAGGGAUACCGCAGCCUGGAAAGCUAUUUUAAAGGUUAUCGAGAGUGGAGAGAAGUUAGGACUCAAGCAUUUUAGGCCCGUAAAACCUCUAGGAUCUGGCGAUACAGGCAGUGUUCAUUUGGUCGAGUUAUGUGGAACGGGAGAAUUUUUUGCGAUGAAAGCAAUGGAUAAAGGUGUCAUGAUCAACCGUAACAAGGUGCAUAGAGCUUGUGCCGAAAGGGAAAUCUUGGAUAUCUUAGACCAUCCGUUUCUUCCAGCAUUAUACGCUUCAUUUCAGACACAAACUCAUGUCUGUUUGAUCACCGACUAUUGUCCUGGGGGAGAACUUUUUAUGCUUUUAGACAGACAGCCGAUGAAGGUCUUGAAGGAAGAUGCAGUAAGAUUCUAUGCUGCUGAGGUGCUCGUGGCGCUAGAGUACCUUCAUUGUCAAGGUAUUAUUUACAGAGAUCUGAAGCCAGAAAACGUAUUGAUACAAAGCACUGGGCAUGUUGCAUUGACAGAUUUUGAUCUUUCCUGCUUGACAUCUUGCAAGCCUCAGCUUUUGGUUCCUGAAAUAAGUGAAAAGAAGAAGAAGAAGAAAAAGAAGCAUCAGAAAGGUCAAGAGACUCCGAUUUUCAUGGCGGAACCAGUGCGGGCAUCGAAUUCUUUCGUUGGAACCGAAGAGUAUAUUGCUCCGGAAAUCAUAAGUGGAGCUGGACAUUCUAGUGCAGUGGAUUGGUGGGCUCUUGGUAUUCUUCUGUACGAAAUGUUUUACGGGUACACACCAUUUAGAGGAAAGACGAGGCAAAGAACAUUCGCCAACGUUCUUCAUAAAGAUCUCAAGUUUCCUGGUAGCAUUCCGGUAAGCCUCCAAGCAAAGCAGUUGAUUUAUAGAUUGUUGCACAGAGAUCCAAAGAACCGGUUGGGUUCGCACGAAGGUGCAAACGAAAUAAAACGACACCCUUUCUUUCGUGGUAUCAACUGGGCUUUAGUUCGUUGCCAGAACCCUCCUAAGUUGGAGACUCCUGUGUUUAAUGGAACGGAAGAUGAAAAAGUCAAAGAUGUUGACUAUGGACUUCAAGACUUGGAGAAUAAUGUUUUCUAAUCGAAGAUUCUAGAAGCACUGUGUGUGUGUGUGUGUUUUUUUUUCUUUUAUUUUUUUGCAUUUCUGAAGUUCAUUAGAAGUAAUGGUUUCAAAUUGUGAAUUCUAUUUUCUUUAUUUUUUAAAGCCUUUUCUAUUUAUAGUUUAAAGAAAUAAAAGAAAAUCCAACAUUAUUUGUGCAA